CUCUCCCCCACCCCACCACCCCCUCACUCCCGACUCGUGGGUUCCCCUCCUCCCUCCCUUUUGUCAGCCCCUUCCCUCGCCCCUUCUCGCUAUGGCUGAAUCCGGUGCCAACAGCAACUUGUACCCCGAGGACCUGCUGCCGCCCGAGACUCGCGAGGUCGCGGCAUCGAACAACCCGCACGCCUCCAAGGAGUCCCUCCGUGAGCUGGCCUAUGCCGGGGUCUAUUCCGCGCCCGAGAACGAAUCGUGGCCCCAGUGGUUCGACCGUUGGCGUCGCUGGACUCGUGCGGCCAUCUAUGACGCGGCCAUCGUCUGGUUCACCUCCGAGUGGUACCGCACCGUGUUGGAGAAGUUGCCGGCCAAGUCCAGCGUCCUUGAUGUCGGUGUCGGCACCGCGGCUGCCCUCCUGAACAACAUUUCUAUCAUCAACGAGCGCCAACUCCGCAUCAAGGGUGUCGACAUCGAUGCCGAUUACAUUGCUCGUGCGCAGGAUCUCAUCCGCGACAAGAACGCCUCGGGCCUGGUGAACGUCGAGCAUAUGUCCAUCUACGAUUACUUCCUGCCGCCCGGUGGCCAGCGCUUUGAUGCGGUCUACUUCAGUGGGUCCUUCAUGCUGCUGCCCGACCCGUCGGCUGCCCUGCUCCAUGUGAAGGCCAAUCUCCUGAAGGAGGGCGGCCUGCUCUACUUCACGCAGACUUUCGAGCGGCGCCGGUCCUUCCUGGUGGAGACCAUCAAGCCCCUGCUUCGUGUCAUUACCACCAUCGACUUCGGUCGGGCCACUUACUAUGACGAGUUUGCUCGGCAGCUCUCGGCCGCCGGGUUCAAGAUCACUGCCGAGGAGGAAAUCGGUUCCGAGUCCGGCGGCGGUGGUCGUGGCAAUGUCAUGCUCAUCACCGCGGCCGAGGCGGAAUCCGUCGCCAGCAGCAGCAGCUCGCUCAUCGACUGAGUCUGCCACAUAUACACCCCCCCCCCCCC